AUGGUCAAGAAGAAGGGCAAGGAAACCGCAAAAGCAACCGCGAAGGCUGCGAAGAAGGCGAAGACCGUGCAGAAAGUUGAGCGAAAAGAGAAAAAGAAGCAGGGGAAGAAGAGCAAGGACGACCUCGACGAUGACGAUCAGGACCUCGAGAGCAUCCUCGACAAGAUCCAAAGGGAGUGGGAAGAGGCGCACAAAGUGACGGAAGAGCUUGUCGAGGGGCCGCCUAGCCGACGCGCUAACGCGACCCUGACCGCCUGUCCGAACGGCAAUCAUCUCUGGUGCAUCGGCGGGGAGUUCUUCAGCGACGAUAACAAGGCGUACUUCUACAGCGACGUCUUUCGCUACUCUCCUGAAAAGAACGAAUGGCGAAAAUUCGUCUCUCCCACUUGCCCUGGUCCCCGCUCCGCACAUGCUGUUGUUGCGACGCCCGCAGGAGGUGGAAAGCUGUACCUUUUUGGGGGUGAAUUUUCAUCGCUCUACCAGAACUCCUUUCACCAUUAUCGCGACUUCUGGUGCUUCGAUAUUUCCACCCACUCAUGGGAGCGGAUUGAAACCAAAGUCCGCCCAACUGCAAGAUCGGGGCAUCGAAUGGCUAUGUGGAAGCACUACGUAGUGCUCUUCGGUGGAUUCUUUGAUCCAGGGAUCAAAACGAAUUACCUCAACGACCUGUGGCUGUUUGAUACGCAAGAAUACAAGUGGAGACAAAUCGAGUUUAGGGAUGCUGACAGGAAGCCUCCACCCAGGAGCGGCUUCUCCUUCAUCCCCACGCCCGACGGGAUAUUGCUGCAUGGAGGAUACUGCAAGGAGUACGUGAAGGGCAGCCGUCCCAUCGGGGUCAUGUUAGACGACACCUGGUUCCUCCGCAUGACCCUCAACUCCGAGACCCCAACCGCGACCACGAGCAAAGCGUCCGCUGACCCCCUGUCGCUUAAGUGGGAACGCCGCAAGAAGCCAUCCACCGCAUACGCCCCCUCCCUCCGGUCUGGCUGCACGAUGGCGCUCUGGGCGACGAAGAACAUGGGCGUCCUUUUCGGGGGCGUGACGGACGAGGACACGAACGAGGAGACGCUCGAAAGCGUGUUCCACAACGACCUGUACGGCUACCAGGUUGCGGGGAACGGGCGGUGGCAGUCGCUGCAGCUGAAGAGGCUGAAGAAGAAGGGCGCGGAGAAGAAGAAGAAAGCUGCGCCUGCGCAGGUUCAGAGACGCGGCCCUGAGGAAGAUGAAUUGGACUGGGGUGAUGAUGAUGGCGGAGAGCGCUCCGGGAACGAAGACGAGGAAGGAGACGAGGAGCCCUCUAAAGUGGCCAAGCCCGCUCCUGCGAAGCAGCCCGCCGUAGACACUCCACCGCCAGAUGAAGUCGAUCCGGAUGACCCGAUGCUCACAAUGCCCCCACCUCGAUAUAACGCGAUGCUCGCGGUCUUGCGGAACACACUCUAUAUUUAUGGGGGAAUAUUUGAGAAAGGGUCCCGCGAGUACACUCUGGAUGACUUCCACUCCCUUGCGCUUGACAAGCUCGACCGAUACGUCUGUCUGAAGCCAUCAGAGAUAGUCAUCGCGGAGGGAGACGAAGAAAGCAGCGAGGAUGAAGAUGAUGACGAAGAUGACGACGACGAGACCCAGUUCGACGACAACGAGAGUGUCGCUAGCGCUACGGUGGUCGGUGAUGACGACGAGAAGGAUGUGGAAGUGUUGGAAGUCAUCGAAGAGGAGGAGGAUCUGCGCACCCAGGCAACGGCAUUCAUGGGCGUCGCCAAAGAUGCGACGCGGUCCCCUGAAGAUGUGAUCAGCACGCCCCUCCCGGGCGAGACACUGGCGAUGUUCUACGCGCGAUCUCGCGAGUACUGGGCGCAGAAGGCGUACGGCACGAGCGACAAUCGUGGCAAAAUGCUCCGGAAAGACGGAUUUUCACUCGCGGAGGAGCGGUAUGCCGAGUAUAAACCUAUUUUGGAGGAGGUGGAGCGCAUUUUGGCAGAGGCUGGUCUGGACGAGGAAGAAAUGCGGAAGGGAGCAGCGGCUGGCUCACAUGGGACUAGCGGGCAGAGCCGGAACCGACGUUGA